GGGUGGGGCGAGGCGGCCGGGGUCCUUCCGGCGCGGCGGGAGGCGGUGCGGGGCCGCGGCCGGCACCAAAAGCUGCCUGUCUGCGUCACGUGGGCCAGCAGGACCCCGGGGGUUACCGGAGGCGCAAUGGAUUUGGCGUAUGUCUGCGAGUGGGAGAAAAGGCCGAAAAGCAACCACUGCCCUUCCAUCCCCUUGGUGUGUGCUUGGUCCUGCAGGAACCUGAUUGCUUUCACCACAGACCUCAAAAAUGAGGAGGAAAAAGAUCUCACCCACAUGGUCCACAUCAUUGACACGGAGCACCCAUGGGAUGUCUAUUCUGUUAACUCUGGUCAUGCUGAAAUCAUCACUUGUUUGGAGUGGGAUCAGUCAGGCUCCAGGCUCCUCUCGGCAGAUGCAGACGGACACAUUAAGUGCUGGAGCAUGACUGAACACUUGGCCAACAGCUGGGAGAACACUGUGGGCAGUAUGGUGGAAGGAGACCCUGUUGUGGCCCUAUCCUGGCUGCACAACGGUGUGAAGCUGGCUCUGCACGUGGAAAAGUCUGGAGCAUCAAACUUUGGUGAGAAGUUUUCCAGGGUCAAAUUCUCUCCAUCCCUGACUCUGUUUGGCGGGAAGCCCAUGGAGGGCUGGAUUGCUGUGACCAUCAGCGGUCUGGUGACGGUCUCUCUCCUCAAGCCCAAUGGGCAGGUCCUGACAUCCACGGAGAGCCUGUGCCGUCUCCGUUGUCGUGUUGCCUUGGCAGACGUCGCCUUCACUGGCGGUGGGAACAUCGUGGUGGCCACGUCAGAUGGCAGCAGCACCUCCCCUGUCCAGUUCUACAAAGUCUGCGUCAGCGUGGUGAAUGAGAAGUGCAAAAUAGACACUGAAAUCCUGCCAUCCCUCUUCAUGCGCUGCACCACAGACCCUGCCCGCAAAGACAAAUAUCCAGCAAUCACUCACCUGAAAUUCCUUGCUCGGGACAUGUCAGAGCAGGUCUUGCUUUGUGCUUCCAACCAAAACAGCAGCAUUGUGGAGUGCUGGUCUCUCCGGAAAGAGGGCUUGCCAGUCAAUAACAUAUUUCAGCAAAUAUCUCCUGUGGUUGGAGACAAACAACCCAUGAUACUGAAAUGGCGAAUUCUUUCUGCCACCAAUGAUUUGGAUCGUGUUUCAGCUGUGGCUCUGCCGAAGUUGCCAAUCUCACUGACAAAUACUGAUCUGAAAGUAGCCAAUGACACCAAAUUCUUCCCUGGAUUGGGUCUGGCUUUGGCUUUUCACGACGGCAGUGUCCACAUUGUUCAUCGCCUGUCCUUGCAAAUGAUGGCCGUGUUCUAUGGCUCUUCCUCCCAGCGCCCGGUGGACGAGCAGACCAUCAAAAGGCAGCGAACUGCUGGUCCACUGGUUCAUUUCAAAGCCAUGCAGCUCUCGUGGACGUCUCUGGCCUUGGCUGGCAUCGAUAGUCAUGGGAAGCUGAGUAUGCUCCGUAUAUCCCCCUCCAUGGGCCACGUGCUGGACAUGAACAUGUCCCUCCGACACUUGCUGUUCCUGUUGGAGUACUGCAUGGUGACCGGCUAUGACUGGUGGGACAUCCUGCUCCACGUCCAACCCAAUAUGGUCCAGAACCUGGUGGAGAAGCUGCAUGAGGAGUAUAUGCGCCAGAAUGCGGCCCUGCAGCAGGUCCUGUCCACACGAAUUGUUGCCAUGAAGGCAUCUCUUUGCAAGCUGUCCUCCAGCACGAUAGCUCGUGUGUGUGACUACCAUGCAAAGCUGUUCCUGAUCGCCAUCAGCUGCACCUUGAAAUCACUGCUACGCCCGCACUUCCUGAACACGCCAGACAAGAGUCCUGGGGACCGACUCACUGAGAUCUGCUCCAAGAUCACAGAUAUAGACAUUGACAAAGUGAUGAUUAACUUGAAGACGGAAGAGUUUGUCCUGGAGAUGACCACGCUGCAGUCCCUGCAGCAGCUCAUCCAGUGGGUGGGAGAUUUUGUGCUCUAUCUGCUGGCCAGCCUUCCUAACCAGGGCUCCCCUGUGCGUCCGGGACACAGCUUUCUGCGAGACGGAGCAUCCUUGGGCAUGUUCAGAGAGCUUAUGGUGGUGAUCCGUAUUUGGGGACUGCUGAAGCCAAGCUGCCUCCCUGUCUACACAGCAACCUCUGACACCCAGGACAGCAUGUCCCUCCUCUUCAGGCUUCUAACCAAGCUCUGGCUGUGCUGUCGUGAGGAAAAUCACAUGACAGAGCCAGAUGAUACCCUGAUAGAUGAAUGUUGCCUCCUGCCCAGCCAGUUGCUCAUUCCCAAUAUCGAUUGGUUGCCCAUCAACGAUGGCAUUAUCAGCAAGCUGCAGAACAAACAGCUCGUCCGGCUGCAGUUUGGAAAAGCUCCUGGGCUUGUUGGUCACACUGUCUCUUCCCAGUUCGAUGCCUUUGUAAGGGCGCCUGGACAGCCCAAGAUUGAUCACCUGAGACGGCUUCACUUAGGAGCAUAUCCAACAGAAGAGUGCAAGUCGUGUACCAGGUGUGGUUGCGUUACCAUGCUGAAAUCGCCAAACAAAAUCACUGCAGUGAAGCAGUGGGAGCAGCGCUGGAUCAAAAACUGCCUGUGCGGGGGCUUGUGGAGGAGGAUGCCCCUCAGCUAUUCGUGAGAAUGCCUUUUGUGGGGCAAAAAGGGAACAACGGGCGCCAAGUGGAAGAGCUGCUCGGAGCUGCCUUCUUUGGAGGCGUUUGGGACAAAAGAACGGCAGCGCUUUUCCUGCGCUCUCUGCAAGCGUCAUCCUGAUGCUGCCUGUGAGACAGUGCCAAGCAGUUGACUAGCGGAGCUGCUAUGUUUUCCUUGCAUUGAUUUUGCUUCUGCUUCACCCCUUUGUGCCAUAAAAAAGGAGGGGGGGGGGAGAAUAUUUGUACAGGGAAGAGCUAGAAAGGAAUCGGAGGUGUCUCUGUCAUUAUUGAAGGCAAAGUCAAGGGCCCGAGAGGUGAAAAACCUGCUGCCUCUGUGUCUCUGGGCUGAGCAUGCGGAAUGGCUGCACCUGGGAGUAGGUCCUUGCAUGGUUAGAGAGCAGUAGAUGGCUGAUAGCUGAGGGUGAACAGACAAAAUCUCCCGUGAAAGGGGAACAAAUACAUAGUACUUUAUGUUCAUCCUUUGCUACCAGGCUGCUUGGGAAAUGUGGGAUGGGCUGGUUUAUCCCUGUUUCCCUAUACUUCUCCAUCCUUACGAGUGAACUUGCUCUCCUGACAGGAGACUUCACCAGCAUGGUGUAUCUAUGUUCAAAUGAACGGAACAAUUUCCUCCCAUUCUGGAAGAACAGGAGCAUGAGCCUCCUGCCCUGGAACAAACCCAUCCAUUUCCCUGUCUCUCGCUGAACCAGCAGCUACUUUGUAAAUAAAGGUUCCCUUAAUUUUGUACAGAAUGUUCAGAAUGUUUGGUUUGUUCUCAGAAAAGCUUCAGAAGUCUUUCUCAUAUGACUUUGGUUGUACAGGAAGGCCCCAUUAGUUUCAUCUCUUUUCAAAAUCAAACCAAGAAAUCUGUGCCCUUUGACAAAGCACAGCGAAGAUGCUUCGAGCUGAUCUGCGGUUUGGCCAAAUACCUACCCAGCCAAGUAACUUCCAGAUCUCCCCAGAGACCAUUUAAAGGAAAGAACAAGCCAAUUUUUAUAUAUACUUCUUCCAUCUGGGAAUGAGUUUUCAUUUAUCAGUGAAAAAUUGCAGUGAUGUCAAAGAGCUUGUGUCUCUCAAUUCCUCCAUUUAGUGCUUUGCUGUGUGGUGCAGGUCUCUGUGUUGCCAUUCUAUGGGUAAUUAAGAAAAAGGAAAUGGCUAAUUGGGAAACUGGAACUCCUUGUUAAAACUCUUACCCCUUUAAGUAAAACUAGUCAAUCUGGCUCCUCGUUAAUCUUCUUUCAGAGAGAAGGUUUGGGGGUUAUUUACUGUUUGAUUGCUGCUACUCAUGAUUUCCCCACUCUGCUCGCUGUCCUGCUGCGACGGAGCCCUGCGGUUGGGAGCAGCUCCCGAGGUCUCACCCAGCUCUGGUGCUGGCUGUUCUCCAUGAGGCUGCGUGCACAGAGCAAGGAACAGAAGGUGGGUUUUUAAAGUCCUUGGUGAUACCAUACUUGUUUUCUCCUUUCUAUCUAAAACAAGGGCCUUCUGAUUGUACCCGUUCCUGUAAACAAGUGGUCUAAACAGAA